AUGAGCCGCCUCCCUCCCGUCGAGAAGCUGCCGCUGGCGCUCCGCAAGAACGUCCGUGACGACUGGGAGAGCAAAAAGCCCGAGUUCGAAAAGUCCCUAUCCGACAUCCUCGGCGAGCAGUGGACCAUUGACAUCAACCCCAACCAAAUCUACGCCUACGCCGUCGAUGGCUACGCCAAGGAGUCACUCGGCUCCAUGCUGGCAGCAUACGUCUCCGGCGCCGAGUACCAGCUCAAGUACUUCGUCGAAAAGCACGGCGACGAGGGCCGCAAGGAGCUCAACACCCUCUGCCCGUCGCACGUCCUAACCAUGGACCUCGACACCGAGGGCAAGUUCUCCUACUGCGGAUGCGAGGUCUCCUCCCCCGACGGCAAGCUCGUGAUGCUCUUCCGCGAGGGCAACCUCGGCACCAACAUCGACUACGCCCUCGCCGUCGACACCCUCGUGCAGGCCCUCAACGCAGCGUCCGCCCCCUCCCUGCCCAUGUCCUUUGUCGCGCGCGCCUCCAUCCGCGAGGCCUACGACCCCGAGAUCGCUAAGACGCGCGCCAAGAUCGACGGCGCGCUCGGCCGCGAGACCGCCCUGGAGCCCAACUUUGAGGCCAACUUUGCCAAGCUCACCGCCGCGGGCGUCACCGACUGGCAGCAUAACUUGGGGUACUUUACGCAGAGCUACCUCGAUGCGUUUGGCGACUGGCUGGUGAGCAACAAGGCGGCUGAGGAUGAGAUGGUGCGCGAGGGCGUCAACGAGGCGGUCGAGAAGGCCAAGGUCGUGUUCCGCAUCGUCGACGAGGGGAGCAUGAAGUCCACGUACAACGAGUGCGUCAUCGAGGAUGGCGUGUUGUACCUGCAGACGGUGCCGCAGUACUUUGGCACCAACAUCAGUUACGUGGCGGAGAAGCUCAUGGACCUGCUGUGA